UUUCACUGAUGGGGGUUCGGUUCUCUUCGGGGCCGAGCUGGUGUAUGGAAAACAUGGCUUCACAUAGACAAGGCUGUGGUAGUGAGUCUGGGGCAGGAGGCCAGGAGGGAGCGCUGGGAGGGCUGUGCCGCUGAUGCAGGGCUGUCCCAAAGGCAGUCAGGUAGGGGGGCUCAGCCUCGGCCCGGCUCCUCCCUGUCACCUCCUGUGCCUCGCAGAGGAGCCGGGGCACGCGGCUGCUGGCUGUCCCAGCUCAGCACUGCCUCCACCUGAGCUCCUGUGCGGGGCGUGGGGCAGAAUGGUGUGCAGGUUCCAAACCCGGGACUCUGCUAGGAGCUCAAACGUAGGGAGAACAUUCCAUUGUGUGAGCCAGGGAGAGCUGCUGCAAAGCUGUGCCACGAUCUCAAUGCUCGAAUUGCAGCCGAGUGCUGAGCGCAGGGUGGGGGUCCGGAGUCAGAGCUGUGCUGGUGCCGUGGGGCACCAUGCCCACCCCCAGUGCUGUCCUCAGUGCUGUGCCCGUCCUCCCCGCAGCGCUCAGCCCCCAAUUCCCGCAGCAUUCCCCCCCCGGCCCUGUGCCGCCGGAGCUGCCGAACAGCCGCGCUCUUCAUGCCGAUUAUUUCAAUCACAAGCGUGUCUUGUCUCCCCGGCCGAAAUUUCUUUCAUAGACGGCGGAAAGUGAAAUUUGUGCAAUGUCUGUAGGAGGCUGAAGAAAGGCCCUUUGUGCACCCUGUGCGCGGGGCAUUGGGCAGCCUCCAGCAGCACCCUCCGCCACCCCAGCGCUCCCGGCUCGCGGGAUGAAUGCUGCGCUUGUCCGGAGAGCGGGACCUGCUCUUAAAGCCAGAGCCGGGCCCCCUGGCCAGUCCCACCGGUGUGGGCACGGCUCGGCCGAGGCAGCCCCCUGGGUGCCCCAUGGUGAGGGCAGGUGCCGCGUUGUGGCCGCACGAUGUUCCUGUACUGGAAGAAGCGGGGUGCAUACGAGCUGGGGGCUCUGCCCCCCGCGCUGGCGGGCAUGGAGUACGGGGCGGUGGAGCGCUUCUCCUGGAGCUCCAGCCUGGACAUCAGCGAGCAGCUGGCGGGUACGUCAUGGGGCUGGAGGGCGAUGGUGUGGCAAAAACCCUGCACAGAGACAGAGGGACCGCUGUGCGCUGGGAGACUGCGGCAGGGCUGGGAGAAGGGAUGCUGUGGUGCAGCUGGGGAGCACCCAGAGAGCUGCCUGCUCCAUGCACCACAACUGGCAAGCAGGUUGUGAAGUCCUGGUGUGUGUGUGUGUGUGAACCCCUGCUGCCGGUGGUGGUGUUUGGGAAGGGCCACGGCAGUUUGCAGUGUGACCUGGUGUGGGGCGGCAGGGCAGGGGGCUGCUGUCACCCUCCUCGUGGUUUUGGUGAGUUGGGCAAACAUCCCUUUGCCAGUCUGAAAGAAUUUCUGAUUUGUUUCUGUUAUUAUUCAUAAUAGGUCAAGUGAAAUGAUGGUGGUGGAGGGGCCAAGCAGCCCGGCGGGCGCUGCGGGGCGGCGGUGGGGACAGAGUGCCCAUUGUGCUGCUGCAGUGUGGGGCUGGCGUGUGGGCAGCGGGGCCCCACGGCAGCCGCACUCCUGGCUCUCUCCCACAGGCACUGCACCCAGGGGUGCCCACGGGGGUCCUCAUGGAGGUGCCCUGGGCUGGUGUGAGCAUAGGCCACACAUUGCGCACAGGAGAGCUCUCGCUUCAGCCCCGGUGCCCACUGGUGUGCCACAAGCUGCCUGGAGUCUAUUUUUAAACUAUUAGGCACGACACAUAACAAAAGCUUUCAAAAUAGGAUUUGUCCUCAAGGCCGAUUUAGCUGUUAGAGCUUAAAGCAGACCGUAAGCCCCUUUGGGGACUGGCGAGGAGCAGAUUUAGCACUCCUGGCACUGCCCUCGGCCCGUGCCUCUCCUGGCAGCGGGUGCAGGACGAUGCCCCCAAGCCCUGCUCUCUGCUGUGGCCAUCCCAGCUCUGUUACCCAUCGGGAAAUAAAUCUCCGUAUUAGGGCAGGUUUGGGGCUUUGGGCCCGUUCCUGUGUUUGCAGCAGUGGGAGUUUGGGGAGUGCACUGUGUAUCAUCGCUGGCAGCACUCAGGGCUGCCGUCCCCAUCCCAGGGGCAGCUCCCAGCCCCUCUCCCAGCUGUGGGCAGUCCUGGCCUUGCUCAGCCCCGUGUCUGGAGCAGCUGUGGGACCCCUUCUGUGGGCAACAUGUGCCCGGAGUGGCCCCGGCACUCUGUGGCAGGAAGCAGGAGGCAGCUGGUCCCAGUGCUGCGGGUGCAUGCUGCUCUUCUCUGCUGGAGAAGCUGGAGUCACAGCGCUGGGUUCUGGGCAUGGGGACAUGAGGUUUGGUGCAUCACCAGGGCAGGAGGUUGGCAGCCUCUGCUCUCUGCCUUCUGCCCGAAAGCUGGGUGCUCACUGCCAGGGACCCAUCCUCCUGCAGGGGCCAUGGGGCAACAGCUGUGGGGCAGGGUUGGGCGUGGGGUUCCAGGGCUCCAUGUGUGCAUCCAGCGCUAACCCCAGCUCUCUCCUGCAGAUGAGCAGUGCCCAGCAGAGGAGCAGGGGCUGCGUUGCCAGAAUCCUGACUGCACUGACAAGAGGAGGGCGGCCAAGGUAGGGCAUGGGGUGCCAGCAGUGCGGCUUUCAGCUCGGGCUGUGCCAUCAGGAAGGCAGCAGGCAUGCAGUAUUGGUGCAGAUCUGGGCAGGUGGAGGCUCCCAUGGGCUCGCCCUGGUUCCCAAUGCCUCUGGUGCCGGCAGAACUGGUUGGUGCAGCUGGCUGGCAGGCAGCCAUGGGGCAGAAAGCCCUGGGCCAGUAGGAUGUGGCUAGGUAGCAGGGAAGGGCUGCAGCCACUUCCCCACAUGGUGGGAGCUGUGUAUGGCAAACAUCCCUUGGCAGCAUCGCGGUCCCACCGCCCGUGUGUGCCUGCAGGCUCGUGCGUGGCUGGGAUUUAACUGCGUGGCAGCAGCUUCCCUGUUUCCCCACCUGCUGUAAUUCAGGCUAAUCUCAUUGAGCCCGUCUGUCCUGUUCCCGGUGGGAGCACCGCUCGGCAAGCCAGCACAGGCAGCGCGGCUGUGCCCAGGAGGGAGGGAACCUCUGCUGCAGCUCUCUGCUGCACACCGGGGCUUGGCAGUAGAGCUACACAGGGCCCCUCUAGGAGCAGCCGCGUUCCUACCCGCGUCCAUUGAGGGAUGUGGAGGGAUGGGAGCGCCGUGAUCAGGCUGGGAAGUGCAAGGCUCUGGAAUUAAGCAGAGCCUGCGGCUGGAAGCGCCCCAUGCCACCUCUCCUAAUCUUGUUGAUCGCUAAUGUAAAGCCGGAGUGGAUUUAGGGCCCCUUAUCUCUGGCUGCUUGACCUGCUGGCUCGCUCCGGGCCGUCCUCGCUGCUGGUGCCGCGCUGCUGCUCUGCUCCUGGUGAGUGCCGGGUUCCUGCUCAGUGCGCCGAGGCCGCGCUGGUGGGGAGGGCGUGCAGUGCUCAGCCGUGCGGUGCGAUGCUCCCGGUCUCGGCGGGAAGGGCAGCGCAGGAGCAUUGCUCCAGCAACAAGAGCGAUGGUAGUUGGGCCCUGGAGGCCUGGCAGCACCACCGCAGGCUUUUAUGGUGAGCAGAUGAGCUCUGGUUUUUGGAAUGAGGCACCCGCUGCCUUUUGAGAGCAUCAGGGAGGAAAUAACAAAGCGGUGACCUUUCAAGCAGUGCGGGUUUUGGGAAGACUCUUCUCCCCAGCUCCUUCCAGAGCCGGGCUGUGCCCUCAGCCCCCCCAGCACCUCUGUCCUGCAGUGCAGGGAGUGGGGCAGGCACCUGCCUGGGGAGGGGAGGGCGGUGUGGGCAGAGUGGGGAUCAGGCAUGGGGGAAGUGAGGCGGGCAGGCAGGUGUGCAGCGCGGCCGCAGGCGUGGCGUGCCGUGUUUGCACGGGUGGAGCUGCUGGGUAAACACAGCGCGGGACACACGUGGCACCAGGCUGCGGCCUCGUGCCAGCACCACCGGGAGCAAACGGCCGGGAGCCAUCCCCAGUGUUGGGCAGCCAGAUGGGGCCAUGCGAGGACGUGCAGGCGGGCAGGUUGGUGAGCAGUACAGCCGCGGUGCUUCCACCCUGCAGUCCCAGGCUCUGCCUAUGGGUUUGGGUGUCCCUCGGCAUCCCCGUGGUGGGGGGAGCCGGGUGCGGUGAAGGCAGUGUGGUGCUGGGGGAGCGCGGGCGGCGGGCCGCGUCAGCAUUGACCUCAGCAGCGCCGGGAGGAAGGAGGGCAGGAAGCGGGGGCGGCUCGGGGUGCACCGGCGCUUCCUCUGCCGCACAGCGGGGCCCGCGCUCCUGGGAUGCCGCACCACAGCCCUUCUACUCAUGGGGUGGCCGUGGGGCACUGCCAGAUGGGGACGUACCUCGGGUGUGGGCUGACAGCCCCCAGCAGCACCCCAACCCCUGGCACAGCCCCCAGCAAAGGGUCACGGGCUGUGCGCCGCGCUGGGGCUGGCCAGGGGUUUAAAAAUAAAUGCCUGUGAAUGCCCGGCCGAGGCUGAGGCUGGGCGCACAAUCGGAGGAAAUGCAUCGGCUUGCGAGCAUUGUUUUGCUGCAGACACUUGCUUCCUCCGUUCUGCUGUGGGGACACUGAUCUCGCAAACACAAAAGGGCUCCGGAGUGGCCCUGCAGCCCCUCUGAGAGCACAGCAGGUCCUGGUGCACCCUCAGCCCAGCAUGGGACGUCAGGAAUGGGCGAGUGGGGGUCAGGUGCCCCCAGAGCCUCCAGUGCCCUCUCUCCCCCCGUGUCCAGCUGUGUGCAGCCCUUCUGCUGCAGUCCCAAGGCUCUGAGGGUCUCUGUGCAGUGCAGUGGUGAUGGGGAGGGGGCUCAGCACAGCCCUCAGGGGGUGAGGGGAUCCCGCUGCUGCCCUGUCCCAGCCCACAGCUGCACCCCACAGGUAUGCCACCAUGCCGAGUGCCAGCAGCUGAACCGCAGCAGCCCGCUCAGCCUGUGUGAGGCCUGCGACGGGCACCUGCAUGACACCAUGCACUUCGAUGGGCACAUCCGCUUCGAUCUGCCCCCGCCAGGCUCCAUCCUGGCUCGCAACGUGUCCACACGCUCGUGCCCGCCGCGCACCAGCCCUGCCUCUGACAUGGAGGAUGAUGAUGAGGGACCGGCGGACGGGAGAGGGGACAGGAGAAGCUCGGCACUGAAGCUGCCCAAGAAGAAGGCUCGGCGCAGGCACACAGAUGACCCCAGCAAGGAGUGCUUCACCCUCAAAUUCGACCUUAAUGUUGACAUCGAGGCGGAGAUUGUGCCGGCCAUGAAGAAGAAGUCCCUGGGGGAUGUGCUGCUGCCAGUCUUUGAGAGGAGGGCGAUUGAGCACAGCAAGGUGGACAUCUACCUGGACCAGUCCAACACACCGCUCUCCCUCCAGUUUGAGGCGUACCGCUUCGGGGGACACUACCUGCGAGUGAAAGCCAAGCCUGGGGACGAGCUGAAGGUGGAGCAAGCAGCACGGGACGCACGCUCAGCCAGCCUGCCCAUCCUGCGCCCCGCCAGCACCGCUGCACUCCUUGGGACAGGGCUGGAACCAGGGCCGGGCCGUAGGGAGGGCACUGACAUCCUGGCUCCGGGCAGGCGGCGGAAGAACAUGACGGAGUUCCUGGGGGACACCAGCAUCCCCAGCCCUGAGCCAUCCCUGCAUGGCAGCGGCUCUCUGCCCACCAAUGGCACCGACACCUGGAAGAACCGUGCUGCCAGCCGCUUCAGUGGCUUCUUCAGCUCCGGCACCAGCACUGGCCCCUUUGGGCGGGAGGUGGACAAGAUGGAGCAGCUGGAGAGCAAGCUGCACACCUACAGCAGCUUCGGGCUGCCCAAACUACCACCGCAGCUCCGCUUCGACCAGGACUCCUGGGAGGAGGAUGGGGACGACAGCAGCCUGGUGCUAGAGGACAGCUGGCAGCAAAUCAUUGAGGGCACAGAGGCCCUGACGCGCCGGCAGUGCCACCAGCAGGAAGCCAUCUGGGAGCUGCUGCACACUGAGGCCACCUACAUCCGAAAGCUAAAGGUCAUCACUGAUCUCUUCCUCUGUUGCCUGCUGAACCUUCAGGAGUCAGGGCUGCUGUGUGAGGUGGAUGCUGAGCGCCUGUUUGGCAACAUUGGGGAGAUCAUCCAGCUGCACCGCAGCCUGUGGAGCAGCGUCAUGGCCCCGGUGCUGGACAAGGCCCGCCGGACCAAGGUGCUGCUUGACCCCAUGGACUUCCUCAAGGGUUUCAAGACGUUUGGAACGCUCUUCAAGCCCUAUAUCCAGUACUGCAUGGAGGAGGAGGGCUGCAUGGAGUACAUGCGCAAUCUGCUGCGCGACAGCGAGCUCUUCCGUGCCUAUGUGACGUGGGCUGAGAAGCACAAGCAGUGCAGCCGCCUGAAGCUCAGCGACAUGCUGGUGAAGCCGCACCAGCGCCUCACCAAGUACCCACUGCUCCUCAAGUCCGUGCUGAAGAAGACGGACGAUGCGCGCACCCGUGAUGCCAUCCUCACCAUGAUUGGCUCUGUGGAGCACUUCAUCAACCACGUCAACUCACGGAUGCGCCAGCGGCAGGAGCAGCAGCGCCUGGCUGCCAUCCUCAGCCGCAUCGAUGCCUAUGAGGUGGUGGAGGGCAGCACGGACGAGGUGGACAAGCUGCUGAAGGAGUUCCUGCGGCUGGACCUGACGGCCCCCAUGCCUGGCACCUCCCCGGAUGACACCCGGCAGCUUCUGCUCGAAGGCAGCCUGAAGAUGCGGGAAGGUAAAGACAGCAAGAUGGACGUCUACUGCUUCCUCUUCACCGACCUCUUCCUCAUCACCAAGCCCGUCAAAAAGGCUGAGCGCACCAAGGUGAUCCGACAGCCCUUGCUGGUGGACAAAGUCAUCUGCCGGGAGCUGAAGGACCCAGGCUCCUUCCUCCUCAUCUACCUGAAUGAGUUUGGCAGCGCCGUGGCUGCCUACACCUUCCAGGCCAGUGGGCAGUCACUGUGCCGCAGCUGGGUCGAGGCGCUGCACAACGCACAGGUGAAGACACCGUGUGGGAGGGACGUGGGGGUCUCGUGCCCACAGCCCUCUGACACCUGCCAUCCCCAGAACCUGCUGCAGCGGCUGCGGCUGCAGGAGCAGCAGCGUGGGCAGUGCCGGCGCCUGCAGGAGGAGGAGGAAGAUGAGGAGGACAGUGAGAGCAGCACCUCGACCGCCAGCUCGCCCACGGUGCUGCGCCGCAGCAGCACCAGCCUGGACUCCCAGCAGUGGUAUGAGUGGGACAGGGACACUGUGACCACAAGUGUGGCACAGCCCCCUCCUCACCUUCCCAUCUCCCACAGCCCCUCAGACGGCUCCACUGAGACCAUCUCAGUGGUAGUGGUGGACGGCAGCGAUGAGCUCUCCUCCCCAGACUUGGAUGUGGGGCCAUUCGGUUCACCAUCAGACAGCACCUCUGUCAGCACUGGCACCUCCAUCAGCACCGCCACCGGCACCUCUGGCAGCACCCCAACGCGCGAGCUGCCCUCAGGCAGCUUGCCCCUGCCCCCCAGUGUCACCGCACAACCUGGCAGCUGCUGCUCAGCAUCCAUCGACAGCGCCUAUGGCACACUCUCACCUGCCUCACCACGGGACUUUGCCCCACAGCAGGACGUAGGGGCUGAGGAGGGGCCAGAAGCCCUGGCCCCACGGCCCCCCUCGCCCCGGCUGCGCCGUCGGACGCCUGUGCAGCUCCUGCCCUGCAAGGCCCGAGUGCUCAAGUCCAAGUCAGAGGCCAGCCUGCUUCAACUGCUGGCCGGGCCCCCUGCCCCACUCACUCAGAGCCGGAGCCUCUCUGACCUAUGCAUGGCCCCCCCUGCUCCCCCGUUGCUCCAGCGGACUAGCCAUUCCCCAGAGCACCUGGCCCCCGGUGCCGGCAGCAGCAGUAGUGGUGACUCCACUUCAGAGCUCUCAGAGCCAGAGGAGCCCAUGGAGACCCCUGUGCCCACCAUGGGCAAGCCCGGCCACAGCCCUCAGCCCCCUGCCCACCGCACGCUCUCAGACUCCUCAUCAGCGCAGCACCGCAAGCUGACGCUGGCACAGCUCUACCGAAUACGGACCACACUGCUCCUCAACUCCACGCUGACAGCCUCGGAGGUCUGAGAGCUGCCAGGGCAGUGAGGAUGAGGAUGGACGUGCGGCUGCUCCAAGAGCUCUUCCUGCUUCUAACCGUAGCGUAACGUCGGGGCUGGGCAGAGCAGGCACCCACCAGCUUGUGCCAGGAUGUCACACGUGGGGACACAGAGCAGUCCCGUCUGGGAGGAUGCAUCCCGGCAGGGCAGCACCGGGCUGCCCAUUGCUACCCAGGGGUGUCCGUGUGGAGUGGACAUGGCGCACAGUGUGGCCGUGGGGCUGCGCCUGGGGAGGCCAUGGGCUCGGCAGCUCCGCGCAGGGAGGAGGGAUGGUGACGUCGGCAGCGGGGAGUGGGGAAGGUGUGAGAUGGCUGCGGGGUGGGCAGCACAGGGCUGCUGGCACGUGGGGCAGGAGGUGGGGGGCAACGGCACGAGGGGACAGGGCUGAGGUGGGGCUAGCAGUGGCCACAGGGUCUGGCCAGGGCAUGGUUUGGGGGCCAGGAUAUAGGAGCGUGGGAGCUGCGGUGGCCGAGCGCUGGGUGCCGUCCUGUGCUGGGCUGGUGGGGAGCUACUGCCUGUUGACACAGCCCACACUGGAGUGGGAUGCCACUGCAGAGUGUGUAUUUAUUGUGCUUCAGGCUGUCCCUGUAGCAGUGCUGCCUGCUGGCACUGGGAGGUGGCGGUGGCUGCACUGUGGGCAUGUACUGGCCAUGGCACCUGUGCUGGCUGCAGUGCGGUCCAGCCAAGCAAUAAACCUAGCUGUGUGCAUGCUG